AGUUGUCCAGUAUUAACAAUUAUUUAGAUUUAAGUUUCAGCAGUCGUAACAACAUGUUGAAAUCAUAAUGAUUAAUUUAUUCAGCUAAGAGCAGUGAUUAAGGGUUUUUGAUAAGUUGAUUUGUAAGUCCGCCAAAGUGCCUUUAGCUUAAGACUUACACAAAAAUGCAGUACUGUCCUCCAAAUGUUACCUUGGGAGAAGUAUGGGUGGACCAUGGAAUUUCUCAGUGUUUUAUGGAGACAGUUAGUGCUUCCAUAAUAGGAGUAUUUCUUCUUGUAUUUGGCACAAUUCAAAUCAUCAUGUAUAAACGUUAUGCUACUGAAGUAUUAGAUGUCAGGUCAUCAAAGUUAUUUGUUACACAGUUAUUAUUUACAUUAUUUAUACCUGUGUUGGGUAUAGUCAGAUUUUUACUACAAACUAUUAUUUUUAAAGGAGGCCAUGUUUAUGGCUACAUGAUUGUAGCUCUAGUGGUAACUGUAAUUGUUUUUCCAUUAUCUGCAUACUUAGCCAUUCUAGAAAGGCGAUAUUUGUUACCGUCAGUACCACCGAGAGGCCAUGGCUUUGUGUUACUUGCAUUUUGGGCUAUGAUAUUCAUUUCAGAAAAUUUAUCUUUUUUAAAUAUAAAUAAAGAAGGAUGGUGGUGGCACUUAAAGAAUCUUCAAGACCGCUUAGAGAUGUCAUUAUUUGUUGGACGUUACAUAUCAUGUAUGAUAAUGUUUAUCCUAGGAAUGAAGGCACCUGGAAUCAUGCAUCAAUUCGAGUACCUAGAUGGUGAUGAGCAUAACAGGCGAAAUUUAUUACCAAGGGAAGAAAGCCGUUCAACCUUUCGAAAUGUAUUUACAAAAUUACGCACACUUUUGCCUUUUCUCUGGCCCAAGAAGAGUCUUUUGCUGCAAUUUUACGUGUUCAUAUGCAUACUAGCGCUUCUUGCGGGACGAGUUAUUAAUUUAUACGUUCCGAUCUACAACAAGCUUAUUGUGAAUAGUUUAUCCAUUCCACCUCUUUAUUUCCGUUGGGACUUGGUGGCCGUUUACGUAUUCUUCAAGUUCCUCCAAGGAGGGGGAACCGGUGGAAUGGGUCUCCUCAAUAAUAUGCGGUCGUUCUUGUGGAUCCGAGUACAACAGUACACUACCAGAGAAAUACAGCUAGAGUUAUUCAGACAUCUCCACGACUUGCCACUCAAAUGGCACUUAUCGCGCAAGACGGGGGAAGUUCUGCGAGUGAUGGACAGAGGGACCGACUCGAUAGACAAUCUUCUAUCGUAUAUUCUGUUCUCUAUAACUCCUACUCUCGUCGACAUAAUUGUCGCGGUCGUGUAUUUCGUCUCGCAGUACAACGUGUGGUUCGGGGUCAUCGUCUUCUCUACGAUGCUCUUAUACAUCAUUGCAACAAUAGCAGUGACGGAAUGGCGGACGAAAUUCCAAAGGCGAAUGAACCUCGCGGAUAACGAGCAAAAGGCCAGAUCUGUGGACUCCCUGCUCAACUACGAGACUGUCAAGUAUUAUGGCGCCGAAGCGUACGAAGUCGUUUCUUACAAGGGGGCCAUUCAACAUUAUCAGAAAGAAGAAUUCAAAUCGUUGGUUACUCUCAAUAUUCUGAAUACGAUGCAGAAUAUUAUCAUUUGUUCGGGAUUACUUGCGGGGUCUCUGCUGGCUCUGCACAUGGUGGUGCACACGGCCGAGCUGACCGUCGGAGAUUACGUCUUGUUCGCAACGUACAUUGUACAACUCUACGUGCCUUUGAAUUGGUUUGGUACUUAUUAUAGGGCGAUCCAGAAGAACUUCGUGGACAUGGAGAACAUGUUCGAGCUCAUGCGCGUGGACAGCGACGUGAAGGACGCGGCGGGGGCGCCCGAGCUUCUGGUGAGGCGCGGAGGGAUCGAGUUCAAGCACGUCUCCUUCGGCUACGGGCCCGAGAGGCUGGUGCUCAACAACGUCACCUUCAAGGUGGCGCCGGGUUCUACGGUGGCCUUGGUGGGGCCGAGCGGGGCCGGCAAGUCCACCAUCAUGCGGCUGCUGUUCCGCUUCUACGACGUCAACGAGGGAGCGGUGCUCGUGGACGGCCAAGACGUGCGCACCGUCACGCAGGCCUCGCUGAGGGCCAACAUCGGAGUGGUGCCUCAGGAUACGGUGCUGUUCAACAACUCUGUCAGGUACAACAUCCAGUACGGGAAACUGGACGCGUCGUCGGCGGAUGUGAUAGCGGCGGCCAAAAAUGCCGACAUCCACGAUAGAAUACUCACCUUCCCCGACGCCUAUGACACGCAGGUCGGAGAGAGAGGCCUCCGGUUGAGCGGCGGAGAGAAGCAGAGGAUAGCGAUAGCCAGGACCCUUCUGAAGAAUCCCGCCAUCGUCCUGCUGGACGAAGCCACGUCGGCCCUCGACACCCACACCGAGAGGAACAUUCAGGCCGCCCUGUCCCGAGUGUGCGCCGACAGAACCACCUUGAUCAUAGCCCACAGACUGUCCACGAUCAUUCACGCCGAUGAGAUCCUCGUGCUCAAGGAGGGGGAGAUCGUCGAGAGGGGAAACCACGAGAUGCUCCUCGCUCAGGGCGGCUUCUACGCCUCGAUGUGGCAACAGCAACUCGAGGCUCGGAACAACCCCGACGCCAACGUCGACAACAACGCGGAGGGCAACAACGUCAACAACAACAGGGCCCCUUCAAAUGGAUACGGUGUAGCGGGUCACGGUCACGGCCACGGUCAUGGUCAUGGUCAUUAGACGUCCGACGUAUGGCGGACAUAUCUGUGUCUUGUUAGGGUCUUCGAGUGCGCGGUCUCUUGGCUACAAUAAAAGACCGAAAUUACCUUUUGAAGAUUUUGUAAUCAUUAUUUGGUUCGCGUAUUUAGCUCCUUUGAUUUGAAUAA